GCGGAAUUGUACCCAGUGCUCAAGGAAGUCAGCUGAUCCGUGUUUGGGGUUGGUUUUUUUUUUUUUCCUUUCCGCGCCCUCCCCCACUUCUUCUCUUGUUUAUUACUAAGGACGCAAUUUCUGCUGCGCAACACACGCCAGAGCCCGAAUUUCUAACUAAUAACCGAAGAAGACGCCAACAUGUCGGUGACCGUGAAGGCUUACCUCCUCGGGAAAGAGGACUGUCAUAAGGAGAUCCGUCGCUUCGCAGUCGAUCAGGACGUCUCGACAAGUUUCGAGUACUUGAGUCGUAAGGUGGUGGAUGUUUUCGCGAACCUCCGCAAUGUCGCCUUCCAGAUGUACUACAGAGAUGAGGAUGGAGACAUGAUUGCUUUCUCUACUGAUGACGAGCUCAUGAUGGGACUGACUAUGGUGAAGGACGAUACCUUCCGCAUUUUCAUCAAGGAAAAAAAGGAGCACAAGCGUGACUUCCCACAUCAUAAUGAUCAAGGGUUCCCCUUCCACACUGCUCCAGCACCACAUCACAUGGGUCCUCCAGGACACCCUCAUAUGGGUCCACACCAUAUGGGUCCACCUUUUCACCACCAACCCAUGGUUCACCCCGGUGUGACUUGUGAUGGUUGUGAGGGACAAGUGGUUGGGACCCGAUUCAAGUGCACCACGUGCCCUGAUUAUGACCUGUGCUGCACCUGCCAGGCCAAGGGCCUCCACAAGGAACAUGCUCUCCUGCCCAUUUUUCACCCCAUGGCCAAUAUGCACGAGUGGUUUCCUCGUGGCAAAUUUUGGCGCAAGAUGAGGCACUGCAUGUGGGCCCAGGCUCAGAACCAGGCUCAAAACCAGGCCCAGGCUCAAAACCAGGCUCCGGCUCAGAACCAGGCCCAGGCCGGACCAUCUGGAUGCCAGCCAGGCUCCCAGCAGGCUAACUCGCAGGAAGGCCAAGCUCAAAAUGGCACCUCAUCUGCUCAGGCCAAUAUGGAGUACCUGAAGAACAUUGGAGAGGGUGUGGCUGCCUUGCUCAGCCCCCUUGGUAUCGACGUGGACAUUGAUGUAGAGCACGAGGGCAAGAAGGCCAAAGUGACACCAUCUCCUUCUGCAUCGAGUGGACCUCCUAGUGGCCGGAGCGAUGGUAGCCCUGGAGGCCUUUCCAAGGGUGCAGAUGGAGGUCCAAGCAGUGUAGGGAGUACCAAUGGGGGACCGAAGGAUCAGAAAGACCAAAAUAACGAUGAAGAGUGGACCCACCUGAGCUCAAAGGAGGUGGACCCGUCCACAGGCGAGCUCCAGUCGCUGAGGAUGGAGGUGGAUGGAGCAAACGAGAACCCGGCUCCACUCAGCCACAGCUCCACCCUUAACCCAGGCCCCAGUGGUCUACGUGAGGCUGCCCUCUAUCCACACCUGCCUCAAGACGCUGACCCUCGGCUGGUGGAGUCUCUGUCCCAGAUGCUCUCCAUGGGCUUCACAGAUGAAGGUGGUUGGCUGACCAGGCUGCUCCACACCAAGAACUUCGACAUAGGGGCUGCUCUGGACACCAUCCAGUACGCCAAAUCCCCAGGCCAACGGAAGUGACGCACAAGGCCCAAAAUAAAUAAAUAAUGGGGGUUGCGUUUAAGUAAUCAUUUUGAAAACCCCAUGCUAACCCAAUUAAUCAUCUCUUGUCUUUUCUAAAUCUAUAACAAAUUUUCGUUCAUAAUGCUGACAUACAUACAUAUACAUAUAACUCAGGCAUUUUAAAUAAUACAGAUUUCUAUUUUAUUCAACUUUGAGACCCUACAUAAAAAUGAACAUGGAAUUUAACGUAAAGCUCCUGUGCGAGUGCAGUCACACUGUCGUAGGUUGGCUCCAUCACUUCACAUAGAGCACAAAAUAAUUUACAUUUCAUUUCCAAACUUCAGGAAGUGUCUAAAUGUAUCUGUUCCUACUCAUUAGUGGUAGUUUGUUUUAUUCUGUAAGGAAAAUCAAAGGAGUAUAUUUGUUAGUCAGAAUGAAAAAAAAAAAAAAAAAAAAGGUUAUAUUCUUUACUUUUACACACUUUCCUGCCUUGUCUGUCAAAUAAAUUGUCUGCAAAGA